AUGCCAUUGUCAUCCCUACGAAGUGAUACAGCCUCAUUGUCACGUAGUAAAUCAUCACCUGUACUUUGUUCAUCGCCCCCAGCACCGUCAUUACCAUCAUCGGUGGCACUAGCACGAGCAACAGUAUCUGAAUCCCCAUCACCUUCAUCCUCAGCAUCAUCGCUAUCAUCAUCAUCACCAUCACCUGAUUCAUCGGUAUCCCUAUCGCACUAUUAUUCAUUCUCGUCUUUGUCUUCAUCAUCAUCAUCGUCUUCUUCGUCUGUCUCCUCACGCUCCUCUCCCUCCUCCUCCUCCCCAUCAUCAUCGGCAGCGGCGGCAGUGACGAAAAAAUCCUCAUCUGCCUCAUCUUCAACAUCCAAGUCGUCCUCGUCAUCAUCUUCGUCCUCAUCAACAUCAUCAUCGUCUUCCUCAUCCUCCACCACGUCUUCCUCAUCAUCAUCUUCGACAUCAUCUUCAUCAUCAUCAUCAUCAUCUUCGUCUUCCUCGUCUUCAUCGGUAUCAUCGUCGUUAUCAUCAGCACUGAAAAGACGGAGUCGUCGAAAACACCAUCAAGUUUACCAUCAUUGUUGUAUAGUUCAUCAUCACUAUCAUCAUCAUUAUUACUGGCUGAUUUAUCGACAUCAUCGUACGAUUCACUUACUGCGGUUUCAUCCACAUCCACAUUCACAUCCCCAUCCCCAUCAUCGUCAUAAUCAUCAUCAUCGAUUCAGUCGUUACUCAUUACACCGAUAUCAUUAGCCAAAAUUAUCAAUGUCGCUAAAUCACUUCACCUUCCUUCACUUUUGUAAACUCGUUAAUGAUAAUAAUAGUAAUAAUUCAAAUCAUAUUUAACUGAUUGAAAAUGCUCAUUAAAAUUUUCAAAAGAAGGAACACGGAACAAAGAGUACUCUUUUCGAUAACCCCUUCAUCAUCAGGUUCUACAAUUAUAUAUACAUUAUA